AUGGAGGAAGUUGGUAAACAAAUGACAGCAAAAUAUAAGAGUAUAUUUUGGACUUUUUGUGCAUCUCACUGCAUAGGCCUCAUGUUGGAGAAGAUAGGAAUGUUGGAUACUGAGAGAGUUCUCAGCAAAGCAAAGGCCAUUACUAAGUUCAUUUACAGCCAUGCCACAGUUUUGAAGCUCAUGAGGAAACACACUCUUGGGUUCGACCUGGUUAGUUCCUGCAGGAUAAGAUCAAUGGUGCCUUUUUUAAUAUUGCAGAGAAUCGAGUCUCAAAAGAAGAAUUUGAGGAAGAUGUUUACUUCGCCAGAAUGGAAGAACUUGACCUUGGCUUCAACAGCUGAUGGAAGGAUGGUGGCUGAUUUGGUCACCGGGGAGCCAUCUUUCUGGACUGAAGUCGAUAUGCUUUUGAAGGCAAGUAUUCCACUUAUAAAUGCUCUGCAUCUAAUUAAUGGAGGAGAUAGUAGACCUCAGUUGGGCUACAUAUACGAGAAAAUGGACCUGGUCAAGGAGGAAAUAAAAAAGAAGUAUGAAGGCAGGAAAACCAAAUAUGAGCCUUUUUGGACAGUCAUCGAUGAGAUUUGGGAUGACCAACUCCAUAGCCCUAUCCAUGCAGCAGGCUACUAUUUAAAUCCGGGUCUCUUUUACUUUAAAGAUUUCUAUGCUGAUAAUGAGGUCAAGGCCGGACUUCUGUGCUGCAUCGUGCGAAUUGUGGAGGAUGAACGUGAUCAAGACUUGAUAGCAUCACAAUUCGAUAAGUAUAGAAACGCUAGUGGAACUUUCGGCGACGGGGAUGCUGUUGAUCAAAGAGCAAUGCUUGCUCCAGAUCCUGAAUUGAUGAUUGCUAUUCUUCAUUCAGCAAAGUGGUGGUCCCUGUAUGGAGGCGAAUGCCCUGAAUUACAACGAUUUGCUAUAAGAAUUCUGUCUCAGACCUGUACUGGUGCCUUAAGAUAUGGUUUGAAAAGGAGUCUAACUGAGGAACUACAUAUGAAGGGAAGGAACUGUUUAGAGCAAAAACGGUUGGCUGAGCUGACUUUCGUUCACCAUAACCUCCGGUUUCAAAAUGUACUUGCUUCAAACUCAGAUUACACUGACAUAUUUCUUGAACCUAUCAGUCCAAUGGAUGAAUGGAUCGGCGGGUGUAGCAAGGAAGUGAAAGCAGCUGAACAAAUUUGUAAUGUCUGA